GCGGCGCGCAGCCUCCUUGCUCCGGCAGCAUCUGUGCGCUGCUCGUGCAUCCGCUCGCACUGCGCUUCCUGGAUGCUCGGUCUCCGCCAACCGGGGUCGCCGCGCUGUCCUACAGCCUCGGAGAGAAACACGAAGGUGCAGCGACCAGCGGCAUGUGACCCACAUCGUUCCGCAGCAAGCAGCUCAGCUCGGAGGGCGCACGGGCAGGGAGGGAUGAUGGUCUGAAAGGCCACGCUCCUGUCCCCAAACUGCAGAAGCAAAAAGGGCGACGCGCCCCGUGGUAGCCAAUGAGUCAGGCUGGAGCCCCUCCGCGCCGGGCGUUUGGAUACCUUGACACAAAGGACAUCUAACUGCCGGGGACAGCCUGGAAGGGCGGACACUUUGGCGGCGCCUUUCCCUUUUAUUUCUCGAGGGGUCUCAAGCAUCGACACUUGCUGCUUCCUGCUUCUGAAGCCCCUCAGAGCAGCGGAAGUCUGGACUGACCACUGGAGUGCAGACCCCUGAAUAUGAUGCAUUUCAAAAGCGGCCUCGAGCUAACGGAAUUGCAGAACAUGACGGUGCCUGAAGACGACAACGUCAGCAAUGACUCCAACGACUUCACCGAGGUCGAGAACGGCCAGAUAAAUAGCAAGUUCAUCUCCGACCGUGAGAGCCGAAGAAGUCUCACCAAUAGCCAUUUGGAGAAAAGGAAAUGCGACGAAUAUAUUCCAGGAACGACCUCCCUGGGCAUGUCUGUCUUUAACCUGAGCAACGCCAUUAUGGGCAGUGGGAUUCUGGGACUCGCCUUUGCCCUGGCUAACACUGGAAUCCUCCUGUUUCUGAUACUUCUGACUUCGGUGACUUUGCUGUCUAUAUACUCGAUAAACCUACUGUUGAUUUGUUCCAAGGAAACGGGCUGCAUGGUUUAUGAAAAGCUUGGAGAACAAGUCUUUGGCACCACGGGGAAGCUGGUGAUUUUUGGAGCCACCUCUCUACAGAACACUGGUGCGAUGCUGAGCUAUCUCUUCAUAGUCAAAAACGAACUUCCUUCGGCCAUAAAAUUCCUCAUGGGAAAGGAGGAGGAAUUUUCAGCCUGGUACGUAGACGGCCGUGUCCUGGUUGUGAUGGUUACCUUCGGCAUAAUCCUCCCGCUGUGUCUCUUGAAGAACCUGGGGUAUCUUGGCUACACUAGUGGAUUUUCCUUGAGCUGCAUGGUUUUUUUCCUAAUAGUGGUUAUCUACAAGAAAUUUCAAAUUCAAUGCAUGAGUGUAGAACAAAACUCAACAAUCAGUGCCAAUGUAACUGACAUGUGUACGCCAAAAUACGUUACCUUCAACUCUAAGACCGUGUACGCUUUACCAACCAUCGCGUUUGCCUUUGUCUGCCACCCGUCCGUCCUGCCAAUCUACAGCGAGCUCAAAGACCGAUCACAGAAAAAAAUGCAGAUGGUUUCCAACAUUUCCUUCUUCUCCAUGUUUGUCAUGUACUUCCUGACUGCCAUCUUUGGGUACUUGACAUUCUAUGAAAAGGUGCAGUCAGAUCUCCUUCACAAGUACCAGAGCAGAGAUGACAUCCUUAUCCUGACUGUGCGGCUGGCUGUCAUCGUGGCUGUCAUCCUCACCGUACCGGUGUUGUUUUUCACAGUCCGCUCAUCACUCUUUGAACUGGCCAAGAAGACAAAGUUCAAUUUGUGCCGCCAUGUCUGGGUGACCAUCGUACUCUUGGUGAUCAUCAACUUGUUGGUGAUCUUUAUUCCCUCCAUGAAGGAUAUUUUUGGAGUUGUAGGAGUGACGUCGGCCAAUAUGCUCAUUUUCAUUCUUCCUUCGUCUCUCUACCUAAGAAUCACAAACCAGGAUGGAGAUAAAGGCACUCAAAGAAUUUGGGCGGCCCUUUUCCUGGCGCUGGGGGUCUUGUUCUCCCUGAUCAGCAUCCCGCUGGUCAUCUAUGACUGGGCCUGCUCGUCCAGCCACGAUGAAGGCCACUGAGACCGGCAAGGAAAGCCAGCACCUGCCCCCGCCCGCCCAGCAGUCACCCAUCAGCAACCCUUUGCCACUUCUUUUGCAAGUUUACAGACAGACAGAAAUGCACAUGACAACACCCGGGCUGCGACACAGAGACCCGCUCUGGAACCACUCGUGUCCUCCAGGGGUUGUGGAUCUUAUCUGUCCCAGGUUUCAAGCGGUCAUCUUUCCCUCUCGUUACGUGUUGUGGCUCCUUCUCAGUCCCGUAGAGCUCUGAAAACACGAUCAUCAGGUGUAUUUAUUUGUCAGACACCGGGUUCUGAAAUCGUUUUCCUACUGACGUCCCCGCUCACGCUAUCUGUAUCUUUUUAGAAAAGAAAAUAAUCUUAAAUUGUAUAUAUUUAUUUUGCUUUACAGAAAAAAAAGGGUUUCAGGAAAAAAAAAAGGUUUCAUAAAUCCUUUGCCUAUUUUGGUUAACAUAGCACACAGGGGUAAUCCUUUGAGAGACAGGUUGCCUGCCAUUGCUGCAUCUGAGCAUGCCCAGUAUUUGAGGCGGCUCUGGUCACCCAGCAUGGGCUGUCUUGGACCUGCUGGUACUCCAUACUGCUCCCACAUGGAGCUAGUCCCUGGGAGUGUCUGUGGCUGGGCAGGGGUGGGCACGGCACUUGUGGAAAUAUAUUAAAAUGCGCAUCUGGGAGAGCUCACAAGGGAAGCUUUGUUUUCCCCUUGGUAUCUGAUGUCACAGGUAACUCUAGGCUGAGUCACCUGUUUGGAGUCCCGUGGCUCCCACAGUGAUGAACGAGACUGCCCCAAACGCCUAAAGAAACACUCCUGGUGCAGAUGCCAUCGGUCUACACCCGUAUCAUUGAAGGGGCAGGGGGCAUGUGUGAUGUGUUGGUUUAUGAGCCCGGCAGCAUUUAGUCAUGUCCACCAGCUUUUUGCAACAGAGAAUAAUGUGUACCUAAGGAUGGCCUGUCUUAGGUUGUCCUCUUUUAUAUUGGGUACUUUAGGGGAGUCUUUAAAAGACUUGUUUUAUAUCUAUAAAUCUAGGUUAUUACAAAUACAAGAGUUUUGUACCUUAAAUAAGCCUCAUUUCUAUUCUCCGUUAACUCUCCAUCCAAUCUUGAAGGUAAAUCUGAGACAGUCUUUGUGGAAAACUUCUGAAGUCACGGUGUCCCCUCUUGCCCGAGCUGGGGAGGACAAGAGGCCCUUCCCCAUCUGUGUUUCUUCCUGUUAUCCCUCUACUACCUGUACCAUGUGACCCACGCAGGAGGGCAGAGUCUCCUAUGAUCUCCCUAGCACCUCCCGAGGGGACCAGAAAGAAAUGACAAAGACACUGAAAACUACAAGAGCUUUGGACAUGGCAGCUAGGGAGCCCAGAGCAGCGUGUCCUGCUGAUGGCCAUACCUGCGGCUGGCCAUACCUGUGGCUGGUCAUACCUGUGGCUGGUCAUACCUGCAGCUGGUCAUGGCUUAUUUACAGUAGGAAGUGCACAUGCUGUGAGCAGUGUGUGCCCCCAGGGCUUGUUUGCAGCCAGAUGUAUCCUGAUUGAAUUCUCAGAUACAAAAAUACACUGUGCACAGAUUUCUUACCUAGAAACAGGUAGGAUCUAACAGAGAGUUGGCAGAGGACCCAGACCCUUAGCUGUAGACUCUUUCUGCUGACUAAAGUCCCCAAAGUUCUCCAGGAAUUUAAUGAGAGUCUCACAGAGAUGUCACCUUAUACACUCAAGUCCCUCAGAUAAGGUAGGUGUUCAAGGGCCUACCACCAUCCUCCUGGGAAAGAAGGAAAAGCUACUUCCUAUAUUACAUCAUCACCUUGGUACAGGGCUUCAGAGCUUGUCGGCCUUGAGCUCAGACAACUGAACACUGGGGCCUAGACAGGAGAAGGGUAAAAUCCACCUCCGCCUCUGCCCUUUGCUGAAAUGAAAUGCUCUCCUUGUCACAUUUCACGGGGAAUGAUGGGAAAUUUGUAGCUUGUCCGGCACUGUUUAAAAUGUAUCGACUCAGUUUGCAAGCCGUCCAGCCCUUUGUUCUCCUCCUUAUUCUGUAACCAUCCUUCAUCCUUUUUACAUUCACGAAGUGAAUUCAAAUGCUCUCAUUAACUCUGGGAUGUGCUGUGAUUUUUUGGAUCUCUGGAUUUCAUGUGAUGGUAAAAUUACUGUAUUAUUUACAGUAUAUUUAUUUGCAGGAAGCACAUUGUUGUUGAUGUCUGUUGUGCGUGUUUUAUUUUAAAGCACCUUUAUGAAUGUCCCCGAGUGUGUUGGACUGUAAUAGACCCCACUGUCAUUCUUCAGGGACCACAGAUGAAUUCCGUGGUUUCUGUGGUAUUUCCUGUAUACUGUUCUUACUCUUGUUCAGAAUAAUGAACUGGUAGCCAAAACAUACCUGUAUCACAGAUGUUAGGUAGGAUUUAACAGCACAAUCAAAUGCAAUAGACAUUUUCCUGCUGAGUUAGUAGACCCGAGAGUAGUAGGCCUUAGCCGUGGGAAUCAGUGUUUUCUUUUGGCGCAUAGGAUCUCCACACUGUUGACCAGGGCCAGUUUCACACUUUGGGUUUAGAACUGCCCUCUGGCCGUUGUAACACAGAAUACUGUUGAUUUUUAGCUUAGUGUUGCUGGUUAGAAGUAGGGUUAGCAGAAUGUGCAGAAAGAAAACCCAUCUUUUAGGCAUGGACAGGCAGCCCCCAGGUCACAGGGAGAACAUAUCCCAAAGUGUUGUAACCCCCGGCAAGCAGCAUGAACUGCAUCUGCAGACACAUCAGAAUGCCAAUCCUCAGUGCUGCCAGAUGCUGUGGACGACACAACCUGUUCUCUGCAAGUCUCAGAUCUAGACUCCAGAUGAUGCCAGCCGCAUCAAGUUUGGGAGCCACUCUUGAGCCAAUCACAUGUCAAUCACAGCUCAGAAGAUAGUUCCCGGGGUGAGGAAUUAGAGCCAAGACUCAGAAAGGGAAGGAAAGAACCCCAGCCAGUGUCUCUGCAGAUGAAGGAGACAUCUUGUGUGAGAGCCCUGCCUGUGUCCCCUCCUGCUGGAAGGGCAUAAGUAAAACUCAGGGUGCCUGCACUUUAGGGGAAAUGGCCUAAGGCACUGACAUAUUUUCUUACAGUUGUGAAGACACCAAAUUGAGACUUUACAAAAUGUAGGUAAAUUUAAAUGCCUUAUUAGAAUGCAACUCCACGGGUAUCGCUGAGUUUCCAGGAGUUGGAUCUCCAAGAGGACUGUGUUCAUGGUUGGCUAGAGAGCCGGCCUGCUAGGUGCAAGGCCCUGGUGAAGUUCAGUCCUGGCACUGGAAAAAUAUAAAAUACCCGUACAAUAAGUAGUCUAGUGAAAGGUCCACACUGCUGUGGGAGCUGCCAGGGGCUAUGAAGGAAGAGCAGAGCCCAGCCUGUCUCUGGAGCAUGGUGUGAGAUGGCAUUGUUAAUCGGAGUAGGGCAGAGGUGGUUAGUAUCAUAUGCAUGGUCUAUGCCUUAGGGCAAAGCCUCCGUUCAUCCAUCAAGGGGAUAGGCUUUAAGAAUGGCAUUGCCGGGCGGUGGUGGAGCACUUGGGAGGUAGAGGCAAGUGGAUCUCUGUGAGUUCGAGACCAGCCUGGUCUACAGAGCAAGUUCCAGGACAGGUUCCAAAGCUACACAGAGAAACCCUGUCUCGAAAAAUCAAAAGAAACAACAACAAGGAAUAGCAUUGCCUGUUCAGGGGAACAUCUGGGCACUCAGAAAAAGAAGUCACACUGCCACCUCGCAACUUAAUCAGUGGUUUCCUCUCAGGAGGGCAGAUCCGAGAAUCCUGUAAUGGGACAUGCUUCUCUAAAAUGCAGUGGGUUACUGAUAAUAAUCAAAGACUUUGGGGUUGUGGGUAAUAACUGAAAAUAAUGCUAAACCUAAGGGGGUGGGUUCUUGAAGAAUAAUGCAAAAUUGGCAUGGAUGCAGAUGUCUUUCUUAGGGUUCCCCUGAGGAAGAACCGUAAAGCACUGUCUGUACAGGCUUGAAGAAUCUAUGCAGCUGAGGCUCACUUUAGGAAUCCUUCCUUUGUAUGUAAAUAUGUUGUAAAUACAUAGGAGGCUGUAUAUUUUUGCAGUUGUUGAUCCACAUGGAAAUAGAGGUCACUAGUCCCUGCACAUAAGAAAUAUACAUUCUCAUAGAUGUUAGUGGUUUUGUUUUGGAAUUAGAAGAAUUUUACCUUCUCUCCCAUAGUUCUGUCAAUGUAAACCUGGAGCCUAAAACCUUAAUUGUUUGGAAAAAGAAGUGCUGAGAAAUAACUGCUUUGAUUUCAUAUGCUGCUGUUAAGAUCUGUUAUUUAGAUGAUACAAAUAAGGACAAUUUAGAAGAAAAUCAUUGUCAUAUAGAAAAAGACUUGCCCAAAAUGAGAAGUUGUUUCUUCAUAAUGUUCUUUCAUGGUUAACAUUGAUGCUACUGCAUAGAAUUUAAGUAAACAGAAGUUAGGGAGGGUUUUUUGUUUUUUCUUCUUCCAAAAUGGAAUUAUCUUUUCCCAGACUUUGGGAUCCUUGAGGGGAGGGCUGAAUAUUCUUAUGAGCACAGAUUUGAAGGAAAACAUCUUGUUAUUUAGGGUUUUGAAGGUCUUGCAUGUUUGCCUUUUAGUGUUGAUGCCAACAUAGACUGUCUUGUCUGUCCCCCCGCCACCCAUCACUUGAAACUUACCCAUUGGUACGUAAUACAGUCUCUAGAGUCCAAUGUGUCUUAGACUCUCUCUGACUCAGUACAUGUAGCAAACCACUGUUUUAUUAAUGUAAAACCUUGUAAAUGAUUUCCGGUGGACAUCCAAAGUGAGCCACAAGUCACAAAACUUUGCUGUCAAUUGUCCGUCUUGGGAAGUUGGGUUUGUUUGAUUUUUUUUUCAGGGUGUGGUAUAAAUAAGAAAGUGUGGGAAGCUAUGUUCUAUAAAGGCAGUGUUAACAUAGUUUUCAAACAUUAAAAAUGUAAAUUA